AUGGCGAUUGAUCAGAUAACCAGUCUUGAUGCCGGAAUCAGAAAAGCAGCCGACAGCGCCCUCUCCCCAAGUAGCCUUCAAACCCAUCCGCAAGACGAAAAGCAAUUGCAAACAGGAAGUAUCGUUCCCGACGGUGGUCCACCGACAUCAAAACCAGGUGAAAAGACGACGAAUGAAGACAGUACUACCUCACGACAUCUUGAUCAGGGAUGGGCAUGGGUUGUCAUGGCGGCGGCCAUGAUGACUCAUAUCUUGACCUUCGGUUUGACCUACGCCAUGGUCGGGAUAUUUCAUGUUGAAUUGCUCGAGGAGUUCGAGAGAGGUGACUCCGAUACAGCAUGGACAGGAAGCAUCCUUCUAGGAACAAUGUUGUGCUCAGGUCCCAUCACCAGUGUCUUGGUUGGUCGGUUCGGUGCCCAGGUUAUUGCAAUCAUCGGCGGUUUGCUGUCAUCAGCUGGACUCUGCCUUAGUGCCGCAGCGUCCUCUCUCGACUCUCUGUUCUUUACAUAUGGUGCCCUGACAGGUUUUGGAUUCGGUCUCUGUUACCUACCCUGUAUCGUCAUGGUAGGUCGAUUCUUCGAGAAGCGUCGAUCUAUCGCUACAGGGUUCGUGGUCGCUGGUUCAGGUAUGGGCACCUUCAUGUUCGCUCCAAUCGUCCAGAUCAUUGUCGAAGAGGUUGGCUGGAGACACGCCUUUCUCAUCCUGGGUGCCCUGGAACUUAUUCUAUGUCUUUGUGGUGCUACGUACAUCCCCAAGCUUAUCCCAGAACGUCCAUCCCCUGAAGAUUACCAGAAGCAUCUCAGAGACCUUGAGAGGCAGGAACUCGAGAUGAGUUUGAUGGAAGGGGACCACACUGAGCUGGACUCUAUUUUCUCGUUGAGCAGCUACCUUCCGGUUGGGAGCGUGAGUCAAGGUGUGAGUCGAAAUGUCAGCAAAAACGUAUCUGUGACGUCACUGUCGGGUCCAUCGAAACCAUCAGCCGGUUCCUCAGGAGAAAACAAAGAAGCGGAUACACUGAAUAUUCUAAGAGCGGGAACGGUCACCCCGUUGGGUAUCGCGGAGGAUGCACGCACUUUGUCAAGCAUCAUACCUUACACUGCAGCAAUGGAUAUCUACUCCAAUAGAAUACCGUCAGCCUCUACCAUUGUAGUGCCAGAGUCCAUUCACUCAGACAGCCGUUGCGGGCGCUGUUUAUCACCAUUUUACAAAGUAUUGAGGCUACUCGAUAACCGAUUCCUUGUGGUGUUCGCCAUCUCAAACUUCAUCCUCUGUAUAGGUUACCAGUUACCAUACGUCUACUUUAAAGCGUACGCAAUCCGGAUUGGUGUCGGCGAGGACGAGUGGUCUUUUAUCCUGUCCGUCAUGGGCAUCAUGGAUACUCUCGGAAGGAUCCUCGUUGGCUUCGUGUUUGAUCGCAUCAUCGGAAAACAUCGGAGGAUGCUCGGUUACGUAUCGAGCUGUACACUAGCAGGUACCCUCCUGCUCUUGGUGCCAUUGGCUUCAGGUUACCUGAGCCUCGCUGUUCUUGCUUCUCUAUUUGCACUGAUUGCCGGUUCCACUGAUUCACUGACUCCUGCCCUGCUUGUAGCCUUUGUAGGUUUGGACACUCUCGGAUACUCCUUUGGGUUCGUCAUCGAGAUGCAGGGGCUGGGAUUCCUUGUAGGACCACCGACUGCAGGCGCCCUCUACGGCUUGUUCAUGGACUAUGCUGUCGUCUUCUAUGCUGGGGGAUCUGCUUUUGUACUUGCUGGAAUCAUCAUGGUGCUCGAACCGGUGCUUGGUGGACAAUUCCGAUGCCGAUCAGGAACUUAAUUUACUUUAAUUUAAGUAUUGCCAAUCUUGAUUUAAAGUUGAUUAAGCUGGAAAAUCAGCUGAAUUUGUGGAUCACCACUAUUUUCUAAUGCAGUAUUAGAUAAUAAAAUUACUGUAUGAUAAAAUGAUAUGGUUCGUAAAAUAUUAACCACUUAUUUGGAACUAAAGAAGGAAAGUGAAGUAAAAAUUACAGGCUCAUAUGCCUCUGAGACAAUUAUUCUUUUCUAAAUGUGCUGGAUAAAAAUAAAGAAUGAUACGGUGCUUAAAUUUUGGGAGGAAACUUUGCCCCCCCGAAAAAAAAAGAUGAAAUAAAAGAUGACACGGAAUAAAAGUUGAAUAGCUCUAAAUUGAAAUUGAAUGUUGAG